ACCUUCGGGCAGCAUGUUGACAACCACCGGGAGCUCGACCCACAGACUGUUGACGGAAAUCCAGGAGCCCAUGGCGAACAGAGCCACCAGCCCGUGGGUCACCGCCGCGCUGCUCCACCAGCUACCGGACAUGGUGCCGCUAUCUCCGGCCAAGGAACAAGGACAACACCGACGUGGAUAUGUCACUCUUGAGCCAGUGUCAGGUUUUGUUUGAAUGAAGCUCAUGGUAAAGACUAACAAGCAACACAUGAUGGAUCCCCCUGAGGCAGAGGCUUCAACCAACACUGAAAGAAGAGAAGACACCGCACCGAGCACGUCAAAUGCUUCAGAUCAAGGAGAAGACGGACCAAAGCCAAAGAAGGCAUCUUUGAAGAGGAAGGCUGAUAAACCUACAAAUGCAAAAACCAAGAAGCACAAAAAGGCGCGAGUCUCCAGGCCUGUCCCGCUCGGCUACACCGUCCAUCAGGGGGAAGAUAUGCUUCUUGUCAUAUCGAGUUCCACUUCUCAGUACGACGGUUCAGCCUGGACUCCCCCAAAGAAGGGAAGCAAAAAGAAGAAGAAGCUAAUGAAAGGAAAAGUAAAAACUAAUCAGAUUAAGAAAAAAAAGACAGUGUGUGCCAAACCUAAAGUGAAUAGUAUUCCCGUUGCCAAAGAAGAAGAGGACAUCAAUUUGUUUUUGCCACAGAAAGCAGCAGACCACAGAUGGGGUCAAAGUCUUCCUGAAGAGGUGCUAAUCAGUAUUUUUCAGAUGGUGGUCGAUCAAGAUGGUGCUGUACCAUUUCUAUGCAGGGUGGGAAGAGUUUGUCGUCUGUGGAACGCAGCCGCCUCCAGUCCGGUGCUUUGGCGUAAAGUGACCAUAGGUCACUGCUGGAUUGCGGCAGGGAAAAGCCAACUGCCUAAAACUGAGAAGAGGGUUAAAGAGACGUUUCACUGGCUGGCACAAAACAGAUUCUCUCACCUACGAGACUUUUCUCUCUGUCACUGGACAAAGAAUGUCACCUAUGCAAUAGAGGUCCUGUCGCAGUUCUGCCCUCACCUCUGCUCCCUGAAGCUCUCAUACUGUACGGGCCUGACAGCCAAAGCCUUCCACAGCCUCGGUCUGCACAGCCGCUCUCUGCAGAGCAUCAAUCUCCAGUAUUCAGAGUUUCAGGUCGAGGGACUCCUGGAGUACCUUGAAAAUCACGGGAGCCAGAUCAAGCAGAUUUUGCUCACUCACGGAAUGAAGAAUGACAGACUUCUGAACGCCAUCAGCAGGGGACAUUGUCCUGAUUUGGAGGUACUGGAGGUCAAUACAAAGCUUGACAGUAAAUAUUGUGAACUUCCUGUUUGCAUCCAGGCGCUACAGAUGGCGUGCCCUAAACUCAAGACCUUCAGGAUGCUGAAUGUCAGACCUCUGCUUAAGAUGAUGCGAAACGCCGAUUCAACAGCAGGCUUUCCGUUACUGGAGGAGCUGUGUAUCGCAACCACCUCUUUUUCCUACAUGACAGACAAAGAUCUGUGGGACAUCCUCUUUGGCUCCACCAAGCUGCGCGUGCUGGACCUGCGAGGCUGCUCCCGAAUCACACCAUCCGGUCUUGCAACACUACCCUGUCUUGAGCUUGAGUGUCUGUUCUGGGGACAGUAUUUCAGCAGCAAUGUUGGGUUGCCGUCAUCUAAGAAGGGGCUUCACUUGGUGACCCAGAAAUGGAGUCGAACACUGCAACAGCUCGACAUUGCAAAUCAGCUCUUCACCGAGGAGGACUUGGAGAUGGCGAUGGGUCACCUUGCUCAUGGCACAGACGUAGAUACCCUACGUUCACUCAACCUGAGUGGGACCAGGAUCACACCACCCGCCCUCAGGCCAGUCAUUGGCCAAAUGACUGCUCUUAACUACCUCAACCUUUCAUCCUGCCGUUAUCUUCGAAGAGGAUUGAAGAGAAUUUACCGUGGCCAAGAGGACAUUCGCCAGCUGCUGGAUGAAUUGUUCUAGAAAUUGGAAACCAAAUUUACAAGGCAUAAGUCAGUCUUACAGCAUACCUCUUUGUGGUUCAUGCUGUGUAAAUAUGUGGAUAUUCUAACCACAGGUGUUUUUGUAAAUGUUUUAUAUCUAUACUGUUCACAAAAAAGGGCACUUCAUGCAAAGGCCCCUACAUACUGUGCUAGAGAACAGAAACCAAGGGUUGGGAUCACGUUUGAAAACCCUUUGCUGCUGUAUUAAAGG